CAGGUAGAUUUUGAAUGGGCGGUGAAACUAAAUCGUUUGAUUUUAAAUCUGAUUGGGCUCUGGCCUGAAACCGCACACAAUUCACGACAAAGAUUAAUGUGCAAUUUUCGAGUUCUCGCCACCUUUUUGGGUGUGACGCUUGGUCUCAUUAUUCCUUCUAUACAUUCCUUGACAAGAAUUUUUGGAGACAUUAUAUUAAUGCUAGAUAAUUUACAAUAUGCUCUGCCAACUCUAAGUUGCUCAAUAAGAAUCGUAAUUUUCUGGUGGAAAAAAGAAGCUAUUGUACCAAUCAUGAAUAUGAUAGUAGAGGAUUGGGUAAAGUCGAAAACUUCACAAGAGAGAAGCGUGAUGGUCAGAAGGGCACGAAGUGCGCGCAUAAUUAUUACUUUCGCAUACUGUAUAAUGGGAACAGGAUGUUUUUUCCUUAUCAUUCUGCCCUGCUUCGGAAUAUCGAUGAGAAACACGACCAAUAUUACUGACCCAGGGAGACCAAUGCCUCUACAAACUUAUUACAUUUACGACGUAACAAAAAGUCCACUGUACGAGCUGACAUUUAUUAGUCAAUCUAUUUAUAUUAUUGUUGCCAUGAUGGCCUACAGCGGAAUCGAUAAUUUUCUCGGACUGCUGGUUUUCCAUAUAUGUGGCCAAUUAGAGAUUCUCAAGAACCAUUUAUCAAAUUUGGAUAAAUAUGUAAAUUCUUACGAGAAAUUAAAAUAUUGUAUAAUAAGACACACGCGUUUGCUUAGAGCCAUUGACAUUAUUGAAGAUACGUAUAAUGUUAUUCUACUCUUCUUAUUUAUAUAUUUCGCGAUACUCUUCGCUUUUUAUGGUUUCCGGAUAAUGACCCUAUUUGACGAAGGAACUGAUAUAUCAUUCCCACACUUGAUCUAUUUCGCAUCCACCGUGAUGAAUAUAUUUGCACAUAUGUGCUUAUACUGUGCUCUUGGCGAGAUUUUGGUUGCUCAGUGUAAUAACAUAUAUUAUGCGGUGUACAGUAAUCAAUGGUACUGCAUGAAUCCAAAAGUAACACAAAACUUAAUGCUUUUAAUGAUAAGAGGCUCCAAACCGAUCUAUCUUACUGCUGGAAAAGUAUUUCCUGUGACAAUGGCAACGUUUUGCAGUUUAGUAAAAACGUCUGUUGGCUAUAUAUCCGUUUUACAUACAACGAGAUAAUUUUCACCGCAGAAUUUGAAAAUAUUUGAAAGUAUCUAUUGAAUAAUGAAUGGAAUCAAGUUCAAACUUAAGUCGUGGUUUAUAAAUAUCUUUUUCAUGGAUCGUAGAAUCAACAAUUAGUUAUUUGAUUUUAAUGAAAAACGAUGUAUUUGAAUCAGUUACGUUAAUAAGCUUUUAAGAACAAGAAGAAACAGUAUAUUUUAUUAAAAAGAUUUCAAA